UCUUUUGAAAACUUAAACCAAAUCUAAUAAAUCAAAGCAAAAUUUUGCCACCAUGUCAUUGCAAAAGCGAACCUUGCUCAAGGUCAUCGUUCUCGGCGAUAGCGGGGUGGGCAAAACGUCGUUGAUGAAUCAAUAUGUUCAUAUGAAGUUUAGUCAGCAAUAUAAAGCAACCAUUGGUGCAGAUUUUGUCACUAAAGAACUCCAGAUUGACGAACGCAAUGUCACUCCAAGUUGUUUCUUUUCCUUUAUUAUUAUUAUGAUUCAUUUUGAUUGUUUCCAUGUUCUUUAUAGAUUAAAUUUGAAGGGCUUUUUGGAUUGGAUAGAUAUGGGAUACUGCAGGGCAGGAAAGGUUCAGAGCCUUGGAGUUGCUUUCUAUAGAGGUGCAGAUUGUUGUGUGCUAGUCUAUGAUGUUAAUGUGAUGAAAUCAUUUGAUAACCUUGAUAAUUGGCAUGAGGAGUUUCUUAAACAGGCAAAUCCUACCGACCCCAAGACGUUUCCAUUUAUAUUGCUUGGAAACAGAUAGAUUUAGAUGGUGGCAAUAGUCGAGUGGUAAGGAUGUAUAGUUUCUAUAUAUACUUGUGAAUUAUUUUGUCUUCACAGUACCCCAGAGCUUCAUUGGUGGUGUCUUGAGCCAUAUGUAGGUCUCCGAGAUGAAAGCAAAAGACUGGUGCUUCGAAAGAAAACAUACCUUACUUUGAAACAUCAGCAAAAGAAGAUAUCAACGUCGAUGAAGCAUUUCAUUGCAUUGCAAAAACUGCUCUCGCGAAUGAGCGCGAGCAGGACAUAUAUUUCCAGGGCAUCCCAGAUGUUGUCACUCAGACCGAGCAAAAAGGUGGCUGUGCAUGCUGAUUACAAGCCAAGCUCGUUAUAUUAUCGGUUGCUCGAUGCUGCAAUAUUUCCCGGUUCCUAUGAUUCUUAUCCAUUUUUUAUUUUAUAUACAUUGUAUUCUAAAAUCCAUUGAUUGAAGCAUUAUUGACAUUAAUUUUGCUUUCGGUAGAGAUGAAGUAAAAGAACUA